GAAUAAGAAAACGAACGAGGUAAAACAGCCAAGAUGGCUGACUUCAAGUCACCGUUCGUAAAUUCAAUGUUGCAAACUUUUUCGCAAGGCCACGAAAAAGCAUUUAAACAGGCACUAUACACAACAGCGGCUAACGUUUUUCUUUUAUUAGCUGGAGCUUCGGCAAUUGCUGUGUAUUUUAUUCUGGAGGCCUUUCUUCGACCUUUAUUGUGGGCAGUGUUAUGUGGAACAUUUCUGUACCCCUUCAAACGGGAAAUAACAGAAAUAUUAAGACGAUGGCUACGUGGUUUACAAGACUCAGGAACUCCAUUUGCUAUCGGGAUUGCCUAUAUACCAAUACAAGCACUUGAUUAUACAUAUGUUAUGACAUUUGAUAGAACCAUUGUAAGGCAUUGGAAACUUCUAUGUGGCGCUGUUACAAGUUUGUUUUUGAUUUAUUUACUAUGGUAUUUUGGCCCAGUGAGAAGUAUUUUAGAUGUUUGUUGUGCAGUUUUCAUUUUCGUGUAUGAAGUAUUGGAUUAUUUUACUUCAUUUUGGGUGUGGACACUCGUUGUAGCAUACCUUGUAGUGGUUAUCUUUUUGUGGAACGAUGACUCCAAAAGAUGCCUUCAACUUCUAUCGGUACCUAUCUGGGGGGUGUUGAUUCUACACAUUGCGUCAGUGGCAGGUGCUCUAAGAGUGCCACUGUUUAUGCUGAUCAUUGGAUUGAUUGCCACUGGAUUUGCCACAGAAGUAAAAGAAACCAAAAGAAAAGUUGAAGAGAAAGGCCAGAGUAUAUCUGAUCUGAAAGCAAUAUGGAUAGUAUUUAGUGGGGACUUGGAGCGAUCUCUCAGUGAGGUUCAACAAUCAGACUCAUCAAUUUUGGACUCCUCUACUGAAAUAUCCACAACUGAAAGUUUUAGUAGCGAGUAUACAGUAUAUCAAAGUCAGAAAUCAACAGAGAUUAAAAAGCCAACAGAUCUUCCUAUCAACUUGAAUACUCCGGGGACUGCCACCCCUAAAGUCGGCUCCGUUCGACAGAAAAGAGUGAAAACAUCGGAAGAGAAGGGACCAGUAAGCACUAAGUACUUUGUGUACUUAUUCUGGGCCUUAGUUCUGACUCGAGUUUGGAUGAAUAUUUGGUUGUUGCAACUUCUAGUUCCUUUAUUAGGUCUUAUGUGGAUUUUUAAAGCAUUUGUGCAUCAACUGAAGCCAGGGGGAUUUUUCGGAGAGAAAGUGGAAUAUUGUAAAUCAUCAUUCAUGAAGUGGUACACAGCCAGAAGUGAAGUGCUGGCUCCUAGAUGGGUGAUUGGUCUGUUGAAACUGUUCAGUCGUGGAGAUGCAAAGAUGAUGUCAAUCUUAGAGGGGUCCCUGGACAAGUUCACCAGUGUCCUGUUUAUUUUCAUCCUCCUGAUUGGUUCCACCUUGUUUACUAUUUUCUUUGCUGUUCAGGUUCACCAAGAAAGUAUGCAUCUCUUCCGCAUUUCCAGCAAUGUGUUGAACAAUACGAGAGAGUAUGCAGACUGGUUACCAAAGGGAGAAGACAUGCAAAUAGCUAUGGACUCCAUGGUUGGAAAUGCUUAUUUGUAUGGCAGAAAAUGGCUUGCUUCAAAGGUUCAUGACCUGGUUGGGAGAGAUAAAGAGGUCAACAACACAAAGAUAGAAGGCAAGGUUCUAGAAGUGUGGGACAACCUGUAUCACAGCUGGCUGGCUCGGAUCUCUGACACGAGCCUGUGGCUCAAUCGAGCGGGUGCCUCUAACUACAGCGAGGCUAAGCCGGGGUUUCAGAUCAUGCCCAGCGAAAUGCUGGACUGGAAGUCCAUCUAUGAGUUUGGCAUGCAGGGAAAGAGCUUCAACUACUCACAAGUGAUGGAGUUUGUCAAGGAUAACAUUGGAACAUUUGUGUCUGUUCUUGAAAACGUGUGGAUGGUUCUGAAGGGAAACAUGAGUCUGAUGCUGAGUAUAGCGACAGCAGCCCUCUCUAUUGUCCUGGGGGGAGGAACAGCAAUACUCAACCUGUUCAUUUCAGCUGCUAUAUUCCUGACCACUCUUUUCUACCUGCUGGCAUCCAGUGGGAAGCAGUUUAAACCUCUAGAGUGGAUCUCUGGCCUCAAUCCUCACCCCUCGGGCAGUACCUUUAGCCUAGCUGUAGAGGAAGCCAUAGGUGGGGUAUUCAUGGCGUCCCUGAAGAUGGCUGCGUUCUAUGGAUUGUACACGUGGUUAACACACACUCUCUUUGGAAUCAACAUGGUGUUCAUCCCAUCAGCCCUGGCAGCCGUUUUAGCGGCCGUGCCUUUCCUGGGUCCCUACUGGGCCACCCUGCCUGCGGUGCUGGAACUCUGGCUGAUCCAAGGUCAAGGGUUAAAGGGCCUCAGUCUCUUCAUCUGUCACAUCCUGCCCACCUACUUUGUGGACACCGCCAUUCUAGGAGAAAUCAAAGGUGGCCAUCCCUAUUUAACUGGUCUUGCCAUUGCUGGAGGUAUCUAUUGGCUAGGACUGGAGGGGGCAAUCAUAGGCCCCAUCCUCCUGUGUUGCUUCAUUGUGGUCUACAAUGUAUAUGGCUCCAUGUUGACAACAGAUGGAAUUCCAGGUGAUGAAGUGACAGUUAGCAGGUCCAGAACCAUAGGGAACCUCAAUCGGUACCACUUCAAAUUCUCCAAUCUGUGAGUGACAUCACUCAACAACAAGUAUGAAGAGAGAACGCUCCUCCAAAAAUGGGGGAAUCGGUCAUUGGUGCCAUAUUGUUUCAGAUUGUGUUUGACACAGCAGCGAUGGAUUUUUAUACGGCUCCUGGCUUGUGUGGUUCCUGGCUUGUGUUUGGCUUUGGAUGAAGUGGACCCGAGUCCUCAGUUCUUGCCAUAUUGUGUUUGUAGUACGUUCAGAUCAUUUUCAUAGAAAAAGUCGGACCCAGGCCUCAUCAACAUCUGACAUUUUUAUCAAGUUACUCAUUGUGCAAUGGAUUUGUAUUUGAUACACAAAGAAUUUAUUAUCUAAAUUAUUAGAUCUUAUUGUUAAAAACACCAAAAAUCUGUGCAAAAGACUGAUACCCUCUACAUUUUUAAUGUACAGAACUGUGAUAAACCAACAUACACAUGUAUGAACAUAUUCCUGAAUUUUCUGUAUUAUUUGACAACCUCAGAACAGUGGAUGUCACAACUUAUUAACUAGUCACCUUAUGGCGAAUUAUUGACGUCUCGAAUGAUAUACUCAGUAGUAUAGGCAUAAGAUUUCAUGAUCCAGUUCAGAAUGUUUUAGCUAAAGAAAUUGAUGCUUGCAAUGUUAUUUCUUUUUUUUUAAAUUAUUUGUAUAUCUUUAUUUAUUUUUGUUAAAGUUUAUAUAUGCUAUUUUACUUUUAUUUUAUUUUAAAGAUGUUUAUGCUAUUAAAAAAUUCAGUUAAAAAUA